AUGAAGAACGACAACAAGCACGUGUCGAUGGAGCUGCUUUCCGAUGAAGCGGGGAGCCAGCUGGAAGCGGAUACUCUCGCAAGGUAUUCACUAAUUUAGUUCUUAGCAAUCACCAACUUGCCCAUUUCAGAGAGCUCGAAGUCGACGGAUCCGUCAACGAGAUUGAUGACAAUGGGGUGAAUGAUCUGGCCGCUCAGCCACCACUUGCGAAUGUUUACGCUGCCGGUAUAUUUUCCUCUGACUGAUUAUAUUAUCAUACCUGCCGUUUCAGAAUUUGGCAAGUGCCAUCGAUUUUGGGUAAGACGAAAGCGGAUAAAUGGGAGGAGAAGGGAGUGGAAGCCACGAAGGACAAGGACGACGUGGAGAAGAAGAAGGGCCGUGGAUCCAAUGGAAACUAUUUGGAGGACGACGAUUCGGAUAUUCAAUUUUUGAAAGCAAUUCGAGCUCCUUUUCCGGCUGAGCAGUUGCGACUGACCAUUGAGAAAAUUCUAAAAGCGAACCUCUAUCAGUUGCUCUCGAAACUGCCGGAAAUGAUCCAGAAGCAGAUCGGCGAGGCUGCUGUGGUGACGACGCUCCGUGAAGUUCUCGAAUUCUUUAACUCAUCGAAGUCCUUGACAGGCACCCCGGUGGCGGACGAUGAACCCUCAUUGUACGGAUUCCCAGUCUCCCAACUGUGUAUUCCGCAGUUGAACGAGCAUUGCGGCAGUCUCUUCCGUGCCGGAAAACCCGCAACCAUUUUGAGUGUCUUCGCGCAAACCACUCUCGACGCGGUGGUGGCACUGGUGGCCGGUCAGACCGAAUUUCUCAAGGUCAAGCCGAAUGAUGAGCUGCAGAUGGACGGCAUCGCAAAGAAUCACGAACAGUCGAACAAGGCAGUUGAUGUAGAGGACAGGAACCUCGUCGUGGCCGCCCUCCAAUUGGAUGUCUUCAAAAAGAGGCAACAGGUGGAGAAAGACCGCAAUGUCGAAGUGAACGAACAAAACGAGGAGGAUGGCCGCGCGGAGAAGGACCAGGAAGAGGAGGAGCCGACCCGCAAGAGAGCCCGCCUUGCGUAG